CGCACGAGUUGGGACAGUCGCCCCAAACGGGGGACACAGCGGCCAAGAGCAAUAACAGAAAGCCCAGGGAGAGCAAACACCUCCGCAGCGCGUGCCUUCGGCAGGACCUGUUGGGCCACUAAUUUCAACGCUUUGGCCUCAGUUGCACCUUGACACAAUUUCUCUGGAUCCAACCACCCGUGAAAGUUGUAUCUGAUCCAGAGGCACCUGAAGAAUUCGCGACCGCGGCCAAUGUGGGACGGUUCCUGCCUCGUGAGCGCGCUCGUUUUUUGUUUUUCCAGUCAAUGGCCCUCACUCAGCUGCCACUUGACCACUGAAACCGCGACUCCACGCUCAUACAGAAUAAUCUUUUGACUCUCUUGCUGAAAACCCCGAAAUGGCACCUAAGGCGGGCAGCUAAAAAGGAGAGGAGAGAGGGGAUAUAUAAUUUUUUUUUUUUUUUUUUUUGUGCGCGUGAGUCGAGUCGCGCUUUGCAGUGCUUGGGUCAACACUCUUGAGUGGCGUCGUCUCUCCACACGCACGCUGCACGAUGAGGCUGGGAAGCAUCAUUUUAUUCGUGGCUCUCUGCUCCUUCAGUGCUUAUUAUGUUUAUGAGCCCAUUCCCGAGGAUAUUGACGAGAGAUGGAAACUCAUGAUGACCAAUACUUUCUUCCGAAGUCUCAGCCACCUGGCGGAUUUCAGUGAAUUAUUAGGGCUGAAGGACUACAUGGGAGUGAUGUACUUCAUCACUCUGAUUGAAACGAUUGUGCCUGUUUCCGACGAACACGUUAAUGUGACGGUGGAGAAUUUCGACGGGGUGGAGGUGGUGCUUUACCAACCCAUGCAGCAAAGUGGCAACACGGAGCUCAGGAGGGCUGUCAUAUACCUGCACGGGGGAGGAUGGUGUCUGGGGAGCGCUUACAUGAGCCCUUAUGAUCUCCUCGCAAGAAAAGUUGCCACUGAGCUGAAUGCAGUGGUUCUCUCUGUAGAGUACCGCCUGGCCGUCGCUCACCACUUCCCUGUUCCGUAUGAGGAUGUCUAUCGUGUUGUCAAGUCUUUUCUCCAGAUGGGGGUGCUCGCCCAGUAUUCAGUGGACCCAGGACGAAUUGCGGUGUCUGGGGACAGCGCUGGGGGGAACCUGGCAGCCGCUGUUUCCCAACAGUUACUGAAGGACCCAACACAAAAAGUUCAGUUGAAAGCCCAAGCCCUCCUCUACCCUGUGCUUCAGGCACUGGACCUCAACACGCCAUCUUAUCAACAGAAUCAAGACAUGCCCAUUUUGCCACGCACCCUUAUGGUCCGAUUUUGGAGUGAGUACUUCACCAGUGACAAGGCCUUUUUCAGAGCCAUGAUGGCCAACGCCCACAACAGCCUCGAGUCUUCCAGCCUGCUGAAGUUCGUCAACUGGAGCGCCUUCCUGCCCGAAAUGUAUCAUAGAAAAUACAAUUACAGCGUCCCCGCCGUGUUGCAAGGGAAGGCAGGGCAGUCGUUUGGAACCGAUGGACCUUCCCGAUCUUUAGCUGACCCAAGGGCGUCCCCUCUGCUGGUUCCGGACGCAGCCUUGCACUCUCUACCCAAAGCCUACAUCCUGACAUGCGAGUACGACGUCCUCCGAGAUGACGGGCUCAUGUACGUCACGCGUCUACGCGCCGCCGGCGUGGAUGUGACGCACGAACACUACGACUCGGGCUUUCACGGAAGCUUGAUGUUCACAGUGUGGCCGAUGGACUUCCGCAUUGGUCACCGCAUGAUGGACAACUAUUUGAAAUGGCUCAAGGAAAACUUGUAAAAAGAACAUUGGGAAAUAUCUCUCUGAUAUUUGUCACAUCUUUGACGCGAGAUUAUAAAUACUUACUGUAGUUGUUUUUCUUUUUUGUUUAUUCCGGAGAGUGGACUCUUGGCUUGAGGAUUUGACGUCAUAUCUUGUACGUUUUGUGUUCCCAUGAGAUUCUCAUUUGGUUUCCCCACCACACGCAAUAAAAGUUACCUGAUUAGGCCGUCCCGUUGCAUUUGUAUCAUUACGUAGCCAAAACGACUUGGGGAACCGGCCAGUUUUUGUGAACGGCAUUCAAGUCACAGCUACCAGAUGUGAGAAUUUGUGGUCAUUGAUCCAGAAGAGUCACGUCAUACAACACAGAUGUUGGAACCAAGACAGGCCAGCGGUCUCUGAAUCGAAUUUAAGAUGAUUGUGUUUGAUGGCGUUUUUAAAUACCAAACUCAUCCGAGAAUCACUUCAUGGACUUUGCUUGGCACGCAGGGUGAAACAUAAGGGUUUAGGAUUCUUGAGUGGCAUGGCCAGAUGUAGAUUUAAGAUUACCCAAAGGGGGUCAAGUCCAAGGCCUAAUUGGUUCAUUGAUUAGGACUUGGAGUAUGUCGAUAGAGAAUUAGCGUCAAUAAGUGUAUCUUAUGUAGUA